AUGCUCAGCACCAGGAACGUCCACAAACUUGAAGAAGUUGCCGUCAAAGGACACCCAGAUGCCAUCGUCGCCACUACCAAUGGGAUCGCUGGCAACGACACCACCACCAUCGUCACCGCCAAUAGGCUCGCCGCGGCUGUUUAUAGGAUCGCUAACACCACCACUCUGCUCAUCGCAGCUGCCACAGCCACCAUCGCCACCACUUGGACGAUCGCUGACACCGCUGCUGCCAAUGGGAUCAUCACCACCAUCGCCAAUGGGCCGGCAGACCCCAGCACCACCACCACUCGGCUCUUCGCUGCUGCCAAUGGGAUCGAUGACACCGCCUCCAUCCCAACCACUUGGAAGAACGUCACUGCCACCAUCGCCACCACUCGGAACAACGCCAACAUUGCCACUGGGAUCAACACUGCCACGAAUGGACACACAAAAGCCACUAUGCUCGACACCUCAGAGCGCACGCUGGGGCCACAUUACACAAGGGGAGUCGACGCAACGUCAACCUUGCAUCGCCACGACAGCAGUGGCAACGGACGUCUCGCAUCGCCACGGCAGAAUGCAGUAGUGCAACCAAAGUUGUCUUGCCGCAAGGAACCACUCGUGCUGGGGCGUACGAUCGAAGGCGGCAGCGAGUUCAUGCAAGCUACCAGAGUAGAACUCAUCGGCACACAUCUGCUCACCAAAGUGAUGGACCGAAACCCGUCUCCUGCAUAG